CCUUGCUUGAUGCGACGGAGAUUGUGCGAUGAGACAUGACUAAUCAGAGCUAUGAGUUCACUAUCUGGACUCCUUUAUACCAUGAGACUGGAGAGGACACAGAUGAUGCUAUUGCAGUUGAUCGCGACAAUGUCUGGACGCCUUUGCAGCUUGCCGCAGCGGACGGCAAGUGCGAUCUCGUCCGAGACCUUCUCUGUGCUGGCGCUGACCCCAACGAAACCCCGAACGGAUGCUCUUGUCAGCCGGAGCUGUUGUCGACGCACCCGGUGGCAACAACGGGGGGCGUACGGCUCUAACACUUGCGUGUGGCACAGGAAGGUCCGAAAUGGCGGAGCACUUGAUAAGUGCCGGAGCUGAUGUGAACAUCUUCCCCGCUAGAUACAUGGGAAGGACUCCGUUGCAGGCAGCGGCCGAGAAUGGGCAUCUUCUAGUUGCGAUGCUUCUCGUGCAACACGGCGCCAAGGUCAACGCUCCUAUCGCGCACUAUUCUGGUCGUUCAGCUCUUGCCGCAGCUGCUGGAGCGUUGUAUCCGCGCCUCGAUAUGGUUCAGUUCUUGUUGGCGCAACAUGCAGCCGUGAAUGCACCAAUCUCGAGGUACUCAGGUCGUACGGCUUUGCAAGCAGCUGCUUGGAGAGGCCAUGACGGUAUAGUAGAGCGGCUCUUGGAUGCUGGUGCCGAGGUAAAUGCAAGAGGCAGCUACUAUGGUGGCUGCACCGCUUUGCUUGCUGCCGCUGAGAACGGCCAUACGUCUGUUGUGAGGACUCUUCUUGCAGCAGGGGCAGACCGACUCCAGCUAUCUGGAAAGAACAACUUGACGGCUUUCCAGGUUGCAAGCAGGAAGGGCCACACGGACGUAGCGCAGACGCUACUCCAACCAGGAAGUGAGUGAGCCAUUGCCGACAGCCAUUCAGUCACGCAUAUUUGUGGGGACAGCUUCGUUUACUCAUCGUCAUCGUAUCCGCUAAGGCGCAGCCACUUUUUAUACGAGGGUUGGCCUUCUGGAGCCUGAGCCCAACGCCAA